ACGGUACGGAGCUGACAUUUCCGUUCACACUGAACUAAACAGAACAGCCAGAAACACUCAGGAAACGCGUGACACGGAACCGAAACGCGCGAGCCCGUGAAUGGAGCGUGUUAACCGGAUGUUCAUCUCAGCUCUCCUAGUCCUCUGCUUGAUGUGGGUGGUUCAUGCCACCCUGUUAGGAGCCCUGCCCACUAGCCAAUCAGGGCCACAGUGUGUGAACUGGGGUGUGUAUGAAAGGGAAACGGUGAGAGUGUAUGAGGGUGAAGCGGGGAGAAUACGCUGCCCACUCUUCUCACACCCAAAGUUGUAUAACUACGCUCAGAUCCAGAGCACGGGACACACACUGCUCUGGUACCGACACACACACGAGCUGGAGGAGCCGGUUGACCUGAGCCUCCCGACGUUCGUCAAACACAGAGACGCUCUGUGGAUACAGCCGGUCAGCAUGCAGGACAAAGGAGAGUACAUCUGCAUUCUCAGGAACAUGUCAUCGUGUGUGAAGAUCGGUGUGAGAUUGGACGUGGUUCAGCGUAAGGGUGACUGUGACGACACACUGCAUCGUAAUGUCACCGUCCCACUGCAGAGCAACUACACACUACGCUGUCCCAAUGUGCAGCACCUGCCAAACAAGACUUACAACCUCAUCUGGUACCAUAAAUGUAAGAGUGACAUUGACUUUGUUGGGGGCUUCAGGGAAAUGCACGGUGGUGAGCUGAUGAUCAAUCAGAUGUUCGUUUUUUACGCCGGCCCUUACACCUGCGUCAUCACCUACCAGAGCAAUGGACACACAUUCAACUACACGCAUACCAUCACCCUCAGAGCCGUGUCAAACAUUGGGCCCAAAGAGCCAAAGAUAUUGAAUCCAGCUAAUGAUGAGCUUUACACUGUCAGUGUGGGCAAGAACGCAAAGUUUGCCUGCCGCGUGUUCCUACCGUACCUUGAUGAUGAGGAGCCGCAGCUGUGGUGGAGUGUCAACAAUAAGACGCUGGAGGAACUCUCUGAGCCUCGAUACACCUCAUCUGCAGCCAAGGUGCUGCUAGAUGAUUAUGGUGACCGUAAUGUGGAAAGAGUGUUGACCGUGUCACCGUUUAAAGAAGAAGAUCUGCACAAAGAAUUUCGCUGCUAUGUUCAGAACAGCAAAGGAUUCGACAGUAGAGCCGCCACGCUGAAGGAGGAGGUGUACAUUCCGUCUGUAGAGCUCGGCUGUGGUCUCGGUGUGACUCUGGUUCUCGCGUUGUUGCUCUUUGUGUUGUAUCGCGUGUUCUGGCUCGAGGUCCACCUUCUCUAUCGCUCCUGGUUCGGCACGGACGAGAGAGACACCGAUGAUAAGGAGUACGAUGUGUACAUCUCGUACGCACGCAACACUGAGGAGGAGGAGUUUGUCAUGGCAACGCUGAGGCACGUGCUGGAGGCGGAGUUUGGCUACACAGUGUGUAUAUUCGACAGAGACAGUCUGCCAGGUGGAACCGUAACCGAGGAGACUCUGCAAUUCGUCAGCCGUAGUCGGCGUUUGCUGGUCAUACUGAGUGCAUGCAGUGCGUUUCGGGAUGCCCAGGCUCUCCUGGAGGUUCGGGCGGGUGUGUCCGCCAUGCUGCGGGGAGGCAGCGUGAGGCUGGUGCUGGUCCAGUUUAAACCGACCCGUGCGACAAGCGACGGGAGUCACAAACAGAACACGCACAAGUGCGUGAAAGAGCUGCGCCGAGCACGUAUCGCUCUAGCGCUCGUCCGAUGGGAGGGAGACAAGUCUGCCUCGCUCACCUCUCACUUCUGGAAGAAACUGCGUCUGCAGCUGCCCGUCCGCACACCGACACACACGACUAAAUGUACACAAGAUACAUCGCAUACCGACAAGGACCAGAAAUCAGAGAGUACGAUGCUAAUUCUGGAACCGCUACAUACGCCGAACACACACUCGCACAACAAUACAACAACAACGGAACACACAGACAAGUUACACCAAACAUAAUCAUCAUCGUCAUUACUGUCAUGUGUGUAUGUGGUAGUAUUACAUUGAGGGGUAUCUGACAGUUAACUGAUUUGCUAGUUAGCUAAUAUCACCCUAUACAAAAGUAUUCAAUAAAUUUAUAAUAAAGGAUACAGCCAUCCUUUUGGUUAAUUAACAGUAUAAAUUUUACACAUCCCAUUUUUCGCAUGUUACUCUUCAGGUAUCUAAAGGUAUGUUGUUGUUAAGCAUUUCAUUGUGUGUGGGUGUGUACAGUAUUAAUGCCAUUCAGCCUUUUUAUAUUGCUUUGUUUUUGUCAUUAAGUCAUCAAUCAUGUGAUGUCAUUUCAACUGUGUUGUUAUUCAAAUGAAUAAAAAUCAUGUUCAUAUUCAA